AUGUUAGAAGACAAAUAUAUUGGCCUUGCUCUGGCCGUCACCUCUACUUUGGCAAUAGGAACAAGUUUUGUGAUCACGAAAAAGGGUCUUAUCGAUGCGGAAGAAAGACAUGGGUUUGAGGGAGAUGGAUUUUCAUAUCUCAAAAGUCCCAUAUGGUGGGCUGGUAUCCUAGCAUUGGUCGCUGGAGAGAUAGCCAAUUUUGCAGCAUACGCUUUCGCCCCUGCGAUUCUAGUAACACCUCUGGGCGCAUUGAGUGUUUUGAUCGGCGCUGUAUUAGGGUCAUACUUUUUGAGGGAAGAGCUGGGAACUUUGGGAAAACUUGGAUGUGCAACAUGUCUGAUCGGUUCAGUCAUUAUUGUUCUUCACGCACCACCAGACAAGGAAAUUCAAACCAUUGACGAGAUUCUACACUAUGCGAUCCAACCUGGGUUUUUGAUCUUCUGCUUCGUCGUGGCCCUAUUUGCGGUCGUCAUGAUAUACCGAGUUGCGCCAAAGUAUGGGAAGAAAAAUCCUCUCGUUUACCUAUCUAUCUGCUCGACGGUUGGCGGAGUUUCGGUUAUGUCCGUCAAGGCGUUUGGAAUCGCUGUGAAAUUGACCUUGGCCGGCAACAAUCAGUUUACACAUCCUUCCACCUAUGUCUUCAUUAUCCUCUGCACUGUGUGUAUCAUGACGCAGAUGAACUAUUUUAACAAGGCUCUGAGCCAAUUUCCCACCUCAAUCGUCAACCCUCUCUAUUACGUUACCUUCACAACCGCAACUCUGACCGCCUCCUUCAUCCUCUACGGAGGCUUCAACACCGCGGACACAGUCAAUACGAUAUCUUUGCUCUGCGGUUUUCUGGUCAUCUUUACCGGGGUCUACCUUCUGAACAUCUCUCGUGGUGAUCCGAAUGGGCAACAAAUGAUAUCAGGGACAACACAUGAUGGAAUCGCCACCGACAUCAUAUCUGGAAUUCAAACGAGAAGGAGCAUGCAAUUGAGAAGGAGCCAGGACCCGCACAGAUUAAGCAGUGGAAGUGCCUAUGGUAGGAGAUCAGGGGACAGGGAGGGUCUGAUCCACGCAUAUGACGAGGAAGGAGGCCUAGGUCUCGACGACCUCACAGAGAGUGACGACGAGGGCCUCUUUCCUCCGCCCGUGAAUGGCAAGAUGAAUGGUAGUGCUAAUGGGAGUGCCAAGAGGAGCUUCAGCGAGCCCAUAGAGACGCCCAGGAAAUCAUCCUCCAGGUGA